CCACGGAGUCUGAUCGGGUUCUUGUAACAUCAACAUUUGUUUUUGUCAGCAGUUGCCCACACUAGCUGUCCGGUUCGCGUAGUCUGUUCUUUGUCUUCCAACCAAAAAGCUAUGAAAAUCGCGAAAAACUCCUAAACCGUGAGCGUCUGCCGCGAGAAAACCGUCCCCGAACGCCAAAGACGCCCACCUUCAGUGAUCAAAAGUUCUAAAUCCCACACGUGACGUCGUUAAAGCCUAGGGUGUUGUAAAAUUAGUGAAUGAAUUGUUCUUUUCGGUUCGACCCACCCCCUGCGUUCUUCUCUUCUGUCAUGUGCUCCACGGAUUCCCUUGCAUGAGGAGCGCGGAUUAGGCAGCAUGAAGUAAAGACAUGGCCCGGCGACGCAAGCAGCGCAUCAAGUCGUCUUGAGGGAUCGCAGCCAUGGACCACAGCGUCAAGGCCAUGACGUCCCCUCGCAUCCUCACCCGGGUGCUCAACCCGCACCGCUUCGAGAACGACGAGCUGGAGCAGCUCUACCAGCGCUACAUCUGCAAACUGCAGCACUCCAGCGUGGCGGCCGUGGUGGCCAUCUUCGUGGUGCUGACGGCGCUGCUGGCCAACCUGGGGUUGAUCUACGCGCAAGGCCCCACCGCCCAGAACGUGUACCACGCCGCCCAUUGUAUCCUCUUCGCCCUGCUGCUGGGCUUCCUGCACACGCGGUUCAUGCAGGACGCGUACUUGCUCUGGGUCUGCUACGUGGUGCUGUUCUUCCUGGCCAUCUUCUGCGCGCUGGCGCUGCCGCUGUACCCCGAGAGCUCGACGGCGAAGGUGGCGGCCGAGGGUACGUGGCAGGUGGUGUUCGUGGUGUUCCUGGCCUACGCGAUGAUGCCGCUCAAGUCGUGGAUCGCGGCCAUCUUCGGGCUGCUGCUGUGCUGCGCUCACGUCACCAUCGCGACGCUCUUCGCCAGGGAUUUCCAGGAGCUGAUGUGGCAGCAGCUGAGCGCCAACGUGGUGGUUUUUUUAUGCGUGAACGUGGUCGGGGUGUUCACCCACAACCUGAUGGAGCAUGCACAGAGGAAGGCGUUUUUGGACACGAGGAACUGCAUAGCGGCGCGGCUGGAGAUGGAGGACGAGAACGAGAAACUGGAGAGGCUACUUUUAUCAGUGUUGCCACAGCAUGUCGCAAUGGAAAUGAAAAACGACAUCAUAUCGCCGGUCGAAGGCCAGUUCCACAAGAUCUACAUCCAGAAGCACGAAAACGUGAGCAUCCUGUUCGCCGAUAUCGUCGGAUUCACGGUAUUGGCAUCGCAGUGCACCGCCCAGGAAUUGGUGCGACUCCUCAACGAAUUGUUCGGGAGAUUCGAUCAGCUAGCGAACGAUAACCACUGUUUGCGCAUCAAGAUCCUGGGGGACUGCUAUUAUUGCGUCUCUGGGUUGCCGGAGCCGCGAUCCGACCACGCUCACUGCACCGUCGAGAUGGGGCUGGACAUGAUCGACGCCAUCGCCAGCGUGGUGGAAGCCACCGACGUCCAGCUGAACAUGAGGGUGGGAAUCCACUCGGGGCGGGUGUUGUGCGGGGUGCUGGGGCUGAGGAAGUGGCAGUACGACGUGUGGUCGAACGACGUCACCUUGGCUAACAACAUGGAGGCAGGGGGAGAACCCGGGAGAGUGCAUAUCACCCAAGCGACUCUGGAUUACCUAGGGGGCGAAUACGAAGUGGAACCAGGUAACGGCGCCACGCGCAAUCAGUACCUGAGGGACCACUGCGUCACGACGUAUUUCAUCGUGCCACCGGCUCGCAGGAGAAAGCCACUCUUGUUCAACACGCUGCAGGUCCGGUCUGCCCUUGGUGCGGCUCAGAGGCGCAAGCUCAGCUUCAAGAACGUCUCGAACGUGGUGGUCCAGCUCCUCCACUCGAUCAAGUACUCCAUGGAAGUGCCCUUCUCCAACAUGGCCCUCCAGCCCGACCUCAAGUCCACCAACGCCAGGAAGGUGCUAGAUCUGCAGCGGGUGCUCCAUGCGGACCCUUCGGCGUGCGAUUCGUCCCAGCACCCUGCUGAAACUAGCAGCAAAGUGCUAGAACUGCAGAGGGUGCUCCAUGCCGAAAUCUCACCCUCCACAGAACAAACACGCUCCCCAGAUACAGAGACCAAUAAUAAAGUGACGGAAAAGUUCAAAAGGCCGUUUAAAAAGAGGCACUCCAGCGUUUACCACCAACCCUCGAACAGGGUUAAUAAAUACUUGGCGCAGGCAAUCGAAGCGAGAAGUGUUGACAGAGAAAAGUCGACCCACGUUAACUUGUUUACUCUUUGCUUUAAAGACAGCAGCAAGGAGAACCAGUACCACGACGAUCUCGACGUAGGAUACAGUUCGUCUCUAGUGUGCGCUUUAGUUCUUUUGGUUCUUCUGGGGGUCCUUCAAGUGACGGUUCUACCCAGGACCAUCAUCCUACUUUUACUGUUUCUCACAGCUUUCGUCUGGAUUUCGGUGGUCCUUAUGUUAUUGUUAGCCGUCCGUCUGCGGUGGAUUUUAUGGGAUAUUUCUCACAGUUUCGUCUUGAGACUGGCCAUCACCGUCUUCACGAUAGUCUUAAUAUACACGGUGGCCCAAGUUAACGUGUUCACUUGUCGACCACCCGACGAGUCCAAGUGCGCCCCCAUAACUGCAAACGUCACGUUGGACAGUAGUUUCAAAGAAGCCGACCAUCGAGCCUGUCCGCUGCCUCAAUAUAUAGUGUUGUCGUGCGCUCUCGGGUACCUCGCCGUCGCCAUCUUCCUCCGGCUUCCCAUUUUACUCAAAGCCGUGCUCUUGGUCAUCAUGUCCACCGUGUAUAUCCUGUUGAUCGAGCUAUCGCACACCAAGUUGUUCAAGUGUUACGACAAGCGCGUCAACCCGAUCGAGCUCGUCAUCCCCGCCGACGUCCUCAGCGUCGUCCAGGUCCUCAUGUUCGUCCUCGCCGUGCUGCUGCACGGCCGCCAAGUCGAGUGGACCGCUCGCCUCGACUUCCUGUGGCAGGUUCAGGCCAACGAGGAGAAGCGCGAGAUGGACGCCCUCCAGCACUCCAACAAGCGCAUCCUCUUCAAUCUGCUGCCGGCGCACGUCGCCACCCACUUCCUCGACAACCAAUUUCGCAACAAUAUGAAUACUCUAUCACAGGAACUGUACCAUCAAAGCUAUUCAAGAGUGGGGGUUGUUUUUGCGUCAAUCACAAAUUAUCACGAGUUCUAUACGGAACUGGACGGGAACAACCAGGGGGUGGAGUGUCUCAGGUUGCUUAAUGAGAUUAUAGCGGAUUUCGACGAUCUGUUGGGCGAGGAGAGGUUCAAGGCGAUCGAUAAGAUCAAGACGGUCGGGUCCACGUACAUGGCGGCGGUCGGAUUGAUGCCGGACUUGAGGAUUCUGGACGAGGACGAGACCACGGCGGGGAUACAUUUGAGCACGCUGGUGGAGUUCGUGUUUGCGAUGAGGGACAGGCUGCUGAAUAUCAACGAGAACUCGUACAACAACUUCAUGCUGAGAGUGGGAAUCAAUAUAGGACCCGUGGUGGCAGGGGUUAUAGGUGCCAGAAAGCCCCAAUAUGAUAUAUGGGGUAACACCGUCAACGUCGCAAGCCGUAUGGAUUCCACCGGCUUACCCAACCACACCCAAGUAACCGAAGAAGUCUACCAAGUCCUCAAAUCCUACCCGUACGAGUUCCAGUGCCGCGGCAAAGUCAAAGUGAAGGGCAAAGGCGACAUGACCACUUACUUUUUAAUCGACAGGAAGCAACCGGGCACUUUGCGCGUCGAGGAGCUGAACAGCCUCCGAUCGAAUUCCACCUCGACCACCAGCAACAUGUACGGCGGCGUCGCCACCCCGCUCGCUCUCCUCCACCACAGCGAAAUGAACGGUCGAACGAAACACCCAGCCCUCCAGACGAGGUCCAGCUCGAGGGAAGACAGCUACAGCGGAAUCCGGAACGCCAUGAGGCUGCCGCCGCUGCGCGAGGCGCCUCAUCGGGACCACGCGACCAACGGCUGUGAAAACGAACCAUUAUUGCCUUCGGCGGCGGCGUGCAAAGCCACCAGGAACGGCAAAAAACUGGUGCCCGAGGAGAACCUCCCGCCGCCGCCGCUGCCGCCGCACAAGAACGCGGCGCUGCAGAGGCAGCCGGUGCAGGACAUGAAGUACACGCCGCCUUGGCCGCGCGCCCCCAACCCCUACUCCGCUAUUCCGGCCCGCCCCCCUGAGAACAUCAAGCCGUACUUGAAGCCGUUGCCAAAGCCGCCGGGGAAGGAAUCCCCGAAUCGACACCACCGUAAACAUCACAAUGGGGCUACAGGCCCCGUCCCUCCCCCCCACCAACUCAUCGCCCCUCACCAGAACACGCCCGAACGCACCCCCGAACUCCUCCGAAACAAGAUCCAGACCAGGCAUAACCCGCUCCAGAGUAGACAUAGUCCUUUGCACUCCAGGCAUAGCCCCCACCAGAACAGGCACAGUCCUUUGCAGAGGCACUACUCGGAUGAGAGUCUCGGGGGGUUGUACGCCACUGGGGUACCUCAGCGUAUUCAUUCUUCAGCCGACGAGAUCAGCUCGCUGAAUCACUCUCCGAGUAUCAGUAGUUCCGACGAGAGUUAUAGUAGAACUACCGACGCUGACGCGUCGCCUUGCGUCUCUCCGCCUCUACCCACCGACACGCAGCAGUUCCUAUUUCCUUCCGAUAUUCAAGUGAACCCGUGUUCGAGUCCGGAGGUGUCGCCGAGGGCGUCGCUGGAUUAUAUACCGGCUAAUUGCUCACUGCGUAACAAUUCGACGGACAGGGUUAACGCGAAAAGGAAUAACUUGCCGCCGAAUGCGGUCCUGGCGCUGGCUGGUACCUGUAACACUGUGGAUUCGUCGAUCGUGACGAGUCCGCCGGUCCUGGACGGCGAGGAAAGUUGCAAAGGGGAAAGUUGUGCCAGUUUCGAGUUCGUGAGUCGACCCAAACCCAAGCCGACGUCGCUCUUGCGCGCGAACAGCGCCAACGGCGCCGUCUCCAAGAUCCCCGUGAAACAAAAGAGCUUGGACAAGCGCACGAGGAACGACAGCGACUCGGUGCUCGAGUGUAACAAGCUAGCGGCGAACUGCAAACGCUCGCCGAGUUUCAAAGAAGCCGAAGAAAUCCGGGAGCUCCUCAAGGAAGACGAAACGAAAAACGAAAAGAGUCUGAAAAAGGACGGCUGCUGCCAGACCGACAAGAAGGACUUGAGGAGGUUUAAGACGUCUCCGUCGGGAUUCAGGGAUAAGAUCUCCCCGAAUAACAAAGUGAAUAACACCGAGAACGAGAAUUUGAUCGGGCCGUUCGAGAGAGAGAUCCAGAAGCUGCUCGACGAACAGAAUCUCUUGCAAAAUAUCCCUCCAAAAUUCGAGCUUAAUCAACAGAAUAAAGAUUUGGCUUUGGAGCCGCUCGUAAGGUACGCUCCAAACAAUAACAAUCACCAGGUGGGCCUUGCGGCGAUACAAGCUCUAGCUCUAGGCUUGAGAGUGAAUCCCACGGGCAGUGUUACCCUACAGUGCAUGUCCCCUCCUAGAGCAAGCAGCAAAGAGGGAUCGCUUAAGAGGGGAGCCUCCCCUGGACCGUCCGAAUCUCAUAAACAGCCAAAAGUCUCGCCUCUUGACAGAGCUCCGAAAUCGACCGAAGAGGUCGAUAUUGACUGUGAUAUGCCUGAAGUUCAGAAGAGAGACGACGACACCGACCUCGAAAGUUUCGAAAGGGAAGAGAAGCGCAUGGAAGAAGAAGCAGCAAGGCCGGUGGACCGCGAGUUGGAGGAGGAAGUGAAGAGGUUGCUCGAAGAGAAGGUCCAAGAGAAGUUGAGGAGUCUCGAAAACGGGGCGGCGGAGGCGCAAGCCGCCGCCGCCGAAGGUAGCCAAUCGGAGUGGUCGGAAGACGAGGACGGGGGGGCGUCGGAGCCGCUUUUGAACGACAGGGAGUCCACAGGGUACACCACGGACGAUCCGGCUCUGGAGAACAUAUCCAUGAUUCACGAAACCGGACUCACCGAUGCCGAGGGUGCAUUGAGUGACGUCAACUCGGCUUAUAACGACCACAACCACGACGGAGACAUGGACGACAACACCAGCAUGUCGUCUCGGGCUUCAUCCCGCAUCUUCGACUCGGACGCCAUGAUGUCGUUGGAUUCCCUCAGUGCUCUCUACGAUUCGGAAUACGAUAAUUGCUAUCGAACUGAUGACGAUCUAAAUGCAGUACCUGACCUCGACAGACUCAACUACUUUUCAGUGCCUGCGAAUGACGUUCAUCUCGCAAACAUUCGAUCGAUGAGUGAGAGUAUAACUAGAAACUUUGGACAACCACGAAGCGAAACUGAUCCAGAUAGUGAUGUUUGAAGUAGGUGCGAUCGAUUAGGAUCUUAAAUUUUCUAUAAGUUGGUAAAUUAUAUUAACAAAGACUAUUUGUCGAUAUUAAUCUGAAUGUAUAUUUCAAUGGAGAUGCGGAGAUUGGAAGUGGGGUGAUUGUCUUCUAGUAGGGGUAUUAUUCUCGAAUCGAUUAGUGAGGCGCCCUCUGUCGGUCAGGUCUUGUUAAUCAAUAUCUUUUGGUAUUUUUUGUUUUUUGAUAUUUAGAGUAGACACGUGCAGUGGUGCUUCUAGCCGAAGGGACUGAUUCAUUUGUGAUCUUCGUUUCGUAGGCAGCUCUCUAUAAAGCUGGAUAUCACCCACUUGUAGUUGGUUUAAACCAAAGAAUGCAAUUUUAUACAAUAGUGAUAUCUUUGUUGUACGAUUCAUAAUUUUAUUACUUAACUAAAUACUAAAAGGAAUGAUAGUGGCUCAAAUAACUUGUAUAAAUAAACCUUGCUGCGGCGUCUCAUUUUUUUAUGUACAUAUAUACAAUUGUCAUUUGGUUCUUUUAUUUAUUUUAUUUGUAACGUUUAUUUUAUCUAAGUUUCAACAUCCUGUUACCAUCAUUGAGGCAAUAUUUUGUAUUUUUAUUAAUAUAUAUAGUUUAUUUAUGCAAUUAUAAAUUGCCGUUUGUACUUAAAUUAUGUGUAAAGCUCGAAAAUUUUGUACUUCUUUUUAUAUACUUUUGUUACAGUUUACAUGAAAUGUAUUAUUUGUUAAUUAAACCGAAUUACGUUAUGCUCCCGUUCCGGGAACGUAAUGUAGUUUCCUGUUUCUGUGAUCACCAUCUCUAAGUGUAGCACUAAAAAUAUAUCGGUGGUAUGUAAAUAACUUCUAUUUUCUUCAGAAAAUAUCCAUCUUGGUGUUUAUUAUUAUUGUUGUUCUCUUUGUAUUUCCUGUUUUCUGUAAUUAUAUUUUCUACUCUAAUCUGUAAAGACUAAAAUUAUCAAUGUGUUGGAAAAUUUUUAAUGAUUUAUUAAAUGCUUAUAAAGUAAAACCAAAUACAUCAUAAA